AUGAUAGAGACUGAGUGCUUCGAUGAUUUGAACGAGUUCUACUCGCCGGAUGGCACGAUUGUCGACAAUCUGAACCCUGACCGACCGCCACCGCAACAGACGCGUACCACCACUCCCUUCUUUUUGUCCUGUCUUCACGCCAACCGGGAUAAUGAUGGAGCUGCAAUCGGGCCGGGCACACAGUCAAGUCAUACUCCAAAGCCCCCUGCCAUGGCUACGGCCACAGAGAUUCCGGGCGAAGGGAACAGUGGAGUGGAGGAGCGAAGAGAAUCCGUUGACUUGAAGCAGGCUGAUACAAACGCGACUGUGAAUGCUGGCUCGACUUUGGGCGCUACGACAGGCAUCACGAUGACAAACUCUGCGAUGGACACACGACUCGCCACUGAUCAGCUCACCAGCGACAUUACCUCCACCACGCCUACCAAGCAGAAUUGUGCU